AUGAGCUCCGAGUGGGACGAGACGUGCCUCGUGUGCGGCACCAAGACCAAGAACCGCUGCGCCAAGUGCGCCGCGGCCGGCAUCUCGCUCUUCUUCUGCAGCGCCGACCACCAGAAGCUCGUCUGGAAGGUGCACAAGCGCGUCUGCGGUCCGACCAAGGCCAACCCGUUCGUCUACCCGCUUCUCUCGAAGGACGAGUCCGGGCAAAUCCUCGAGCACAUGCACGACUCGAGCGGCCAGCUCUCUCGCUUCCCGCAGCAGACAUCGACGGUCGCUAAGGCGCUGCAGCACUUUCUGCAAAUUCCUGGGCGUGAGCUGCGCGACUGCAUCAGGACCGUCACAGAAGGCGGUCCGAACGAGCUCGUCACGCCCGACAUCCAGCGGCGAGUUCUCGUCAUCGCCCGCGCGCACGAGAACGCUCGCACGCUCGACCUCCGCCACAUCGUCACCAGCCCUGUCGCCAACCCGUUCGGCAACCUCGCGUCGUGGGACUGGUACUCGGCGCGCGAUACGACCGAGGCGUCGACGAUGCGCUGGGGCGACGAGCCCUGGCGCUCCUGGUACCGCCACGCCAUGCUCGUCUACUUGUACCUCAUGGACCAGUGUCGGCGCGAGCCCAAUUCUCCCGAGACGACGACGAGGGCGGCCUGGCUCGAGCGCCUGGUCGAGCGCAACGACACCUUCAUCCGCACGACCAUCGCGCCGACGUGCCCUCACCUCGCCGACUCGAUGCUUGAGACGGCGCUCAGGGUCAAGGACGCGAUGCAGAUGCUGGGCAUGCCGACUGGGCCUGUUUAG